AAUUGAAUUACCCAAUCAGGCUUCCUUGGCAAGUGCCUUGCAGUCUACGGAUCUUCAAUCAACAUUAGCUCUUCAACAAGCUCCUCUAUUUAAGCUCUCUUUUUCCCUUUGUUCUACUUUCUUAACGGCCUUUCUUUCAUUUUUCUUCUGCAAAAGCCUGACAUAUCAUAUCCCUCUCCCGUUCCCCUAUAACUUUCUCUUCUCGCUUCUCUUGCUUUCCAUACCAGUCGUUCCUUUGCAUUACUUGUAGCUUUUUGUUUGUGGGUUUGUUUGUUCUGUAUAAUUCUAUAAAGGGUUUUAGAAUUUAGAGGAGUUUUUUCCAUGGAAGAAGCUAUUGUUGUUAACAAAGGAGAAGACCUCAUCGAUUUACCACCUGGUUUUCGGUUUCAUCCUACAGAUGAGGAGAUCAUAACUCAUUAUCUUACAGAGAAGGUAAUGAACAUCAACUUCAGUGCAAGUGCUAUUGGUGAAGUUGAUUUGAACAAGUGUGAACCUUGGGAUUUGCCUAAGAAAGCUAAGAUGGGAGAGAAAGUAUGGUACUUCUUUUGCCAGAGAGAUAGAAAAUAUCCAACAGGGAUGAGAACAAAUCGAGCAACUGAAGCUGGAUAUUGGAAGGCAACUGGAAAAGAUAAAGAGAUUUUCAAAGGAAAAAGUUGCCUAGUUGGGAUGAAGAAGACCCUUGUUUUCUACAAAGGGAGAGCUCCAAAAGGGGAGAAAACAAAUUGGGUCAUGCAUGAAUAUAGGCUUGAAGGCAAAUUCUCUUAUUAUAAUCUUCCCAAGGGUGCAAAGGAUGAAUGGGCUGUUUGUAGGGUUUUCCAUAAGAAUACAGGGAUCAAGAAAAGUCCAAUUCCUGAUCAGCUGUUAAGAAUGAAUUCUUUUGGGGAUGAUCUUAUGGAUUAUGCUUCACUGCCUCCUCUCAUGGAUCCUACUUACUCCAACAAAGCAGGCUCCAGCUUCACGGAUGGUGAAAAUGAAUUCAAGGCCAUCAACACAGGUUCAAUGUCAAGAUCCCCAGAUGGAAACUACCUCGGCAGAUCCAAUAAUUUCCCCACAAUGAAUAAUCAGAACUUUCUUCAGGCUCCAAUUAACCAUUAUCAGACAGGAAGCUCUAUGUUCAACCCUCAAAUUCCAAUCCAAAAUCCUAUCUUCUUCCAUCAAGGCACCCCAAGCAAUUCCGGCACCGGCUUCGGAAGCAGUGAUCAGGCAAUUCUAAGAGCAUUGGCUGCCAACAGUGCUGACACAAUAUUUCCAAAAUCUGACAGGCAGUGCAAGGUGGAGCAGUUUUCAUCAAAUCAAUCCAUGGUCAGUCUCUCACAAGAUACCGGCCUUAGCACUGAAAUUAACAACAAUGAGAUUUCAUCAGUGGUUUCCAAGAGCAUUGAACUUGGAAACAGCAAAUCUUAUGAUGAUAUGGAAGAUUUGGAAUGUUUUUGGGACUACUAAAAUUGAAGGAUAUAUACUGUUGAUCAUCAGCAAGUUGGCUUCUUAAUUUCGUAGGAUAUAUGAUUUGAAACAGUCUCUUCUCCAGCUAGGUAAUUAUUAGAUUGAAAAGUUUCCAGGAUUCUGAUUAAAAAUAGGUAUACUUGUAUAGAUAGAUUCACGGUAUCCAAAUCUUCUCAUAUUAUUACAAUUCAUAGGAUAUAUGAUUUGAAUCUGGUUAUUGAAAUUAAGAUUUCACUAUUAUUUCUUUUUUUUUAACUGAGAGAUUUCAUGUACAUGAUUGGUAGUGAAUUUUUCUUUUCUUUUCUUUUUUGUUUCUAAUUGUUUCCAUCUUCUCUAUGAAUUUUAGCAUCAAAUUCGUA